AGCAUCUCGGGCUGUUCAUUCUACAAAUCUCUUGCAUUGUCUCGUUCUGUAAAACCAGAGCCCUUUCAGCAAGGAUUCCGUACAAUGAACGGGGAACAUUUUGUUUAAUAUCCAUCUCUAAGACAUGUUUCAGUGGAUUACUUGAAAACGCAGAGCAGGACCACCCAUUGCCGCAGUCAAGGCUCUGCUGUCCUCAUCUCCCGAACUCACAAUGGCGGUCCUUAAAGUAAAAUUCACCAAAACCAGAAGAGGGAGGCUGGCUCAGGUGCUAUGGAUCCUCAACUGGAUCUCUGUAAUAACCGGACUCAUUAUUUUCAGUCUUGGUCUCUUUCUAAAAAUAGAGAUCCGGAAGCGUAGUGAACUGAUGAUAAGUGGCGAUAUCCACACGGUUCCCAACAUGCUCAUCGCGGUGGGCAUCAUCGCCUGCGUCAUUAACUUUUUUGGGGGAAAGAUCUGCUACGACUGCUCGGAUGCCAACAAGUUUUCCAGGUGGAAGCUUUUCAUGUUGCCAUACAUCAUCUGCACGUUCUUUUUUACUUUCUGCGUUUUUGCGGGAGCUAUUAUGUGCUACACGAUGCGGCACGAGCUGGAGUCUGCCUUGUACCGGGGGCUUAAGGACGCACUGAAGUUUUACAAGGAUACGGACAUCCCCGGGCGCUGUUUCUUGAAAUCGACCGUUGACAUGCUACAGAUCGAAUUCCAGUGUUGUGGGAACAAUGGUUACAGGGACUGGUUCGAGAUCCAAUGGGUUUCCGUUCGUUACUUGGAUAUGAGUUCCAAGGAAAUCAUUGACCGUUUUAAAAGCAACGUGGAUGGGAAGUUCUUACUGGAUGGGGUCCCCUUCAGCUGUUGCAAUCCCAGCUCUCCUCGUCCUUGUAUCCAGUAUCAAAUCACUAACAACUCUGCCCACUACAACUACGACUAUCUAACAGAAGAACUCAACAUCUGGAUUCGGGGCUGCAGGGAGGCACUACUUGAGUAUUACGACCAACUCAUGCAGUCUAUUGGUCUAACGGUCCUUCUCAUCUGGCUUUUUGAGCUUUCAGUGUUGACCGGCGUACGAUACCUGCAGACUUCGAUGGAGAACGUCCUGAUCUUAGGAGACCUCGACAGUGAGUCUGACGGAUGGUUACUGCAGAACAGCUGCAUGGAGACAGCCAAACACAAUAUCAGGAUCAUAAAGAACCUCGGCAAAGCAAACCAGAUCAACAGCGUCAGUGGUAAAUGUGACCCGAAUGUGGACAUCCAAGUUGCAGUUUAUGGCCCAGAUAAUGUCCCUCCAAGUUCCAUUCCUGAAGAGAGCUGACCUUGUUCAUCAUGUUUCAGGAUGAUCAAAACCAAUGGAACUCACGGGUGAAAAUGCCUUUUAUUUGCAAAAAGGACAUACUUUAAGGUGAGAACUGCAAGUUAAAAACUACCUUGUGAUUCUGGUAUACACAUGAAAAAGGAUUCCUGAAUUUACAACUACAACCCAUUUGAGACCAUCAACCGAUAUGCAUUCAAGAGUGGAUUGCUCAUAUCCUAGUUGGGUCAAAACUACUGAGCAAUUUACAAUAAGAAAAGAAGCCUAGAACAUGAAAUAAAAGCUAUCACAAAUAUUUACAUCAAUGUCUCUGGAUCCUAUGGAAAAACUUAAACCCCCAACGCAUUUGGAGGGCCAUCAAUUAUACUUGUUAAAAAAAAACAAAACUAAACCUGUAUGUAAGAAUAAUCAACUCUGCAUAGAUUAUUUUCAAUAUUCUAAAAUACUGGAAGUAACCCAAUCAUUUAUUUUUUUCAGUCCAUGGUACAAGUCUUGCAAAUUGAGAACAAAAUAUAACGUUGAAAAAUUUAACAGUCUUGUUGAUUAGAAAUAAAAUAUUUAAAA